AUGGCCACUGGAGGAGGGGAAGAAACAAUAGCACAGCGCAUUUUGUGCAUUACAGACAUUGCUCAGGAGCCACUUGAAUUUAUUGCGCCCAUUGGUGGCUUUGAAGAAAUGCCGCUUGUUCCACUUGAAAUAGCUGUUGAACCGCUUGUUCCACUUGAAAUAGCUGUUGAACCGCUUGUUCCACUUGAAAUAGCUGUUGAACCGCUUGUUCCUAUUCUACCAGCUGUUUAA